AUUGAAUUAAUAUAUUAAUUGAGUAUAUGGACGAUUCCGAUACUCAGAAAUGAUUGGCUGUGAAAUUCUACCUCUACACGGAAUGUAUCGAAGUCGCGGUGAUGUUUUGACACCACCUCAGAGCAGUCCAGAAUCCCUCGGUAUCAACAAUAAUAGUAUUAAUAUUUCCCGUCUUGGGAUGCAACCUAUGGAACACCCAAAUGCGGAAAUUGGCCUUCCACCCAAUAUACCAGAUAUAUUAUAUUCUUCCAUACCGAAAUGUGGGGGUUGCCAGGAGGCAAUUUUGGACAGGUUUAUCCUGAGGGUUUUGGAACGAUGUUGGCAUGCGAGAUGUCUCACGUGUCGAGAUUGUGGAAGCAGGCUUUCCGAAAAAUGUUACGCUCGAAAUGGCCAUGUCUUUUGCAAAGAAGACUUUUUCAAGCGUUUCGGGACAAAAUGCGCUGGCUGCGGAUCGGGUGUGGCACCUUCGCAGAUGGUACGCAAGGCCCAAGAGUUAGUUUAUCACCUUCCCUGUUUCUCCUGUGCCAUGUGCUCCAGACAACUAGGUACCGGUGACGAGUUUUUUAUUUUAAAUAAAAAUAUCGAACAAACUGUCAAUUUAAAAUUGUUGUUGAUUGUAGAACUGGCUGAUGGCGGAAGUAUUGACGGUGAUCAACCGAACAAAAGACCGCGGACUACGAUCACCGCGAAACAAUUAGAGACCCUCAAGUUGGCGUACAACCAAAGUCCAAAACCAGCCAGGCAUGUUCGAGAACAGCUUUCAGCCGAUACAGGACUCGACAUGCGGGUGGUCCAAGUUUGGUUCCAAAAUAGGAGAGCGAAAGAAAAGAGGUUAAAAAAAGAUGCCGGAAGAACGAGAUGGUCGCAAUAUUUCCGGGGAAUGAAGGGAAAUGGCACUGGAGGCCAUUCUCCAAGGCAUGAUAAGCUCCUCGAUAAAGACGAGCUUAAAGUUGAUCUCGACUCCUCCUUCGGUCACCAUGAUUUGAGUAAUGACAGUUAUGGGACCGUGGUGAAUAUGGGAUUGGACGGAGAUGGUGCAAGUCCUGGAGGUGGAGGAAAUGGUGGUAAUAGUGGACCACCACGUGGUUACCUGGGAGCCACGACACCCCCUUAUCAUCUUUCAACGUCCAGAUCACCGUCCUUACCAUCGCAAUUUCCCUACCCCCCCGAUGCUGGACUUUCCGUCUACACGACCCUUGGAGGACCAGGAGGAAUGGUACCUGGACCAGCUUCAGACUUGAGCAACGAAUCAAGUGGUGGCGGUGGAGGAGGCGGAGGAGGAGGCCCUGGUUACCCAGAUUUCCCCCCCUCGCCAGAUUCUUGGCUUAGUGAACCGCCAUCUCACCAUCACCACCACGCUCAUUAUGCCACAUAA